AUGCCUGACCGCCGCCCGGGCCUGGCACGCCGCCUGCUGGCUGCUUUUGACCGCGAAGAACAGGGUCUGCAUCCGAUUCCUCAGGGCCACACCCACCAAGCCAAUCCCCCUUACGACAUUCCUCUGCCCAACCCCAACGGUACCGCCAUUCCACCCGCUCCCGCUCCCGCUGCCACUCCCCAACUUCAACCCCAACCCCAACCCAUCCCCCCAGCCAAAACCCUCGCCAUCGCCACCACUCAAGCCGGCUCUCUCAUCCCUCCCGAUGACAAACUCCUCGUCUUCCGCGCCCUCACCGGCAUCGACAGCAUCCCGGCCCUGACCACCCUGCACCACUUCCGCCGCACCGCCCCCAACAUCGGCAUCUACACCCGCGUCGUCCGCGCCGAGCAAUCCGCCGCCACCCGCUACCGCUUCUUCAGCAUCCUGAUCAAUGUCUGUCUGGGCAUUCAGAUCGUCGUGGCCGCUGCCCUGACGGCCCUCGGCGCCGCCAGCGGUCCCCACUCCGCCGUCACGGCCUUUGGCGCCAUCAACACCAUCAUGGCCGGUGUACUCACCUACCUCAAGGGUUCGGGGCUCCCAGACCGGCUGAAACAUUACCAAAACGAAUGGCGCAACAUCCGCGAAUACAUCGAGCAGCGCGAACGCGAACUCUGUCUGGAUGGAUCCACCCUCGACAUUCAGGAGGAAAUCCUCUUCAUCGAAUACAUGUACGAGGGCGUGAAACGGGAAAUCGAAGCCACUAAAACCGGUGAGAACCGGUCGUCUCCGAGAGAGGGAUACAAUCGCCGUGCAUUUCUACCUCAACCGAGUCAGCCGUCGUCAUCGCGCCAUAAUCCAGCGUUCAUAUGA